GGAGAGGCGGGCGGGGCGGGGCGGGCCGCGGGCCUUAUAAACGCCGGGCGCCGCCGCGUUCCGACCGGGCGGCGCUGCGUACGGGCUGCCGCGGCGGGAGCGGGCUCAGCGCUCCGAGGGAGGUUAUUUCCAACCAGAAAUCAUGAACUGGCACUUCUCACUUCUCUUUCUUCUUGGGACUUUAACAUCUGUGUGUUCCCAGUUCAGUUUUUAUCCUCUGGAGGAGCUUAGCUCUGAUGUUGGAAUCCAAGUCUUCAAUCAGAUAGUGAAAGCUAAGCCUCAGGACAAUGUAGUAGUUUCUCCUCAUGGGAUUGCAUCAGUAUUGGGGGUGUUGCAGCUGGGUGCUGAUGGCAAGACAAAGAAGCAGCUGACAACUAUGAUGAGAUAUAGUGUAAAUGCAGCUGGAAGCAAGGAGGAGAGCCAGCAUCAUGAGACCAGUCAGCUCUCCCCGGACCACCAGCAAGUGCUCCGUGGACCACCAGUGGUCCACAGAAUACAGUUUGAGAACCUCUGUUAUGGGGUUGGUAAAGCGUUAAAGAAGAUAAACAGGCUCAUAGGCUCAAAAAAGAAUAAAGACAUUGUUACAAUUGCUAAUGCCGUAUUUGCAAAGAAUGGCUUUAAAAUGGAAGUGCCUUUUGUUACAAGGAACAAAGAGGUGUUUCAGUGCAGUGUCAAGAGUGUGGACUUUGAGGACCCAAAUACAGCCUGUGAUUCCAUCAACCAGUGGGUGAAAAAUGAAACAAGGGGUAUGAUUGAUCAAGUUGUAGCUCCAGAUGAUAUUGACAGUUUAACCAGACUGGUUCUAGUAAAUGCUGUAUAUUUCAAGGGCUUAUGGAAAUCACGAUUUCGACCUGAAAACACAAAGAAACGUCCAUUUUAUGGAGCUGAUGAGAAGACCUACCAAGUUCCUAUGUUGUCCCAGUUAUCAAUCUUCCGCUGUGGUACUACAAGUACUCCAAAUGAGCUGUGGUAUAACAUAAUAGAAUUGCCGUACCAUGGGGAAAUGAUAAGCAUGUUGAUUGCUUUGCCUACGGAAAGCACAACACCACUCUCUGCUAUCAUUCCACACAUCAGCACAAAGACAAUAGGAAGUUGGAUGACAACGAUGGUAGCAAAAAGAGUGCAGGUUAUUUUACCUAAAUUUACAGCAGUAGCAGAAACAGAUUUAAAGGACCCUCUGAAAGCACUUGGUAUUACAGAUAUGUUUGAUGAGUCAAAGGCAAACUUUGCAAAAAUAACAAGAACAGAAGGUCUUCAUGUAUCUCGUGUUCUGCAGAAGACAAAAAUUGAAGUGAGUGAAGAUGGAACCAAAGCUUCUGCAGCAACAACUGCAAUUUUAAUAGCCAGAUCAUCCCCUCCUUGGUUCAUAGUAGACAGACCAUUUGUAUUCUUCAUUCGGCACAAUCCUACAGGUACAAUCUUGUUUAUGGGACAAAUAAACAAACCUUGAAUGUGGAAGACUGUCUUCAAGAAGUAAACAGACUCAUGUGACACACCCCUGUUCUGUUAAAUAUUUUGUAUGCUACUCUGACUUCACUCAAGAACUAGUGUUAACCACUGACUAGGUUUUGAAACGGGAGUCAACGUAGUUCUGGCGCUGUGGGGAAAAAUACAGAUUGAAAACUACAGUAUGUCUUUGAAAUGUCUAAAAGAUUCUCUGAACUACUGAAUGGUUACCCAUGCUAACAAACUUUUGAGCUUUUUCUGUAUCUACUAAGAAUUUUAUGUAUGGCUUUUGUGAGAGGAUUUUAACAAAGAAUGUUAAACAUUUCUAUUAAUGUUGGUUUCUUUCUUGUGUGUGGAAAAGGUCUAAUUUUGUAGAUACCCCUAUCAAGAUUACUUCUGAUUCUUGAGUAUCUUGAUACUUGGGUGUUCUUGGUAGAAAUAGAUUAAAAGUUCUAGCAGUUUUUAUUUUAUAUAGUGCAUGUAUCACGGAGAGUUUUAAAACUAAUGUGGUGUUAGAUACACAUUGCGUUGUCCUGUCUUAAUGUAAUGUAAACUUGUCAUUGCUAGAUUGCUAGUAUACACUUUCUAUUGGAUUUAAAUUUUAUAUUUGUUUUUGUACAAAGGAAAAAAUAAAACUGCAUUAUGAACAGUCAA